AUGGAGAAUCAGGCGAAUUUAGAGUCGGCAAUAGAGCAGUUACAGAAUGUGGAGAAGCACUCGAGGCUAGGCGGCGAUGUCGCAAGCACCAAAAAAGCCGUCACCGACAUUCUUCAACUUUGCUUUGAAGCUAAAGACUGGAAGAUGCUUAACGACCAAAUUGUCCUUCUCUCCAAAAAACGUGGUCAACUCAAGCAGGCUGUAACUGCGAUGGUCCAGCAAGCGAUGCAGUACAUUGACGAGACACCAGAUCUUGAAACUCGUAUUGAACUCAUUAAGACACUUAACAGUGUUUCUGCUGGGAAGAUUUAUGUUGAAAUUGAGAGAGCACGGUUGAUUAAAAAACUUGCAAAGAUUAAGGAAGGUCAGGGGCUUAUAGCUGAAGCUGCCGAUCUCAUGCAAGAAGUUGCAGUGGAAACUUUUGGUGCUAUGGCUAAAACGGAGAAAAUUGCUUUCAUUCUUGAACAAGUUCGUUUAUGCCUAGACCGCCAAGAUUAUGUUCGCGCUCAAAUUCUCUCAAGGAAGAUAAGUCCCAGGGUAUUUGAUGUUGAUCCUACCAAGGAGAAGAAGAAACCCAAGGAAGGUGAUAAUAUUGUUGAAGAGGCCCCUGCUGAUAUACCAUCACUGCCAGAGUUAAAGAGGAUCUACUAUGAAUUAAUGAUACGGUAUUACUCCCAUAAUAAUGAUUAUCUUGAAAUAUGCCGUUGCUACAAGGCAAUAUACGAGAUUCCCUCUGUUAAGCAAAAUCCAGCACAAUGGGUUCUGGUUCUGAGGAAAAUCUGUUGGUACCUAGUACUUGCACCACAUGAUCCAAUGCAGUCGAGCCUUUUGAAUUCAACCUUGGAGGAUAAAAAUCUUUCUGAAAUUCCAAAAUUUAAGUUGCUCUUAAGACAAUUGGUCACAAUGGAGGUCAUCCAAUGGACUUCUCUUUGGAAUACAUUCAUGGAUGAGUUUGAAAAUGAGAAGAACUUGCUUGGGGGCUCUUUGGGUGACAAAGCAGCAGAAGAUUUGAAGCAAAGAAUAAUUGAACAUAACAUUCUUGUUGUUUCGAAGUACUACUCAAGGAUUACUGUGAAGAGACUUGCAGAGUUGUUAUGUCUCAGCGUCCAGGAAGCUGAGAAGCACCUUUCAGAUAUGGUUGUGUCCAAAGCUUUAGUAGCGAAGAUUGACAGGCCAAUGGGGAUAGUGUGUUUCCAAGCAGCAAAGGAUAGUAAUGACAUUCUCAACUCCUGGGCAGUCAACUUGGAGAAGUUGCUUGAUCUUGUUGAGAAGAGUUGUCACCAAAUACACAAAGAAACCAUGGUACACAAAGCUGCUCUUAAGGUUUAAAGGGAUGAUUUUCGCAGUUGCAUGCAAAGGGUUUGGCAAUUUGAGCUUUUGUUCAGUGCCAAAGUGGUCAGAAUAUUUUAUUGAAGCAUCUGGUGGUUAGGUUGAUCAGGCAUGCAUUUGCCCAGAAGUUAUAUCUUUUGUUAGUGGGAAUAGUGAAUUCAGAUAUGAUUGCUUAGGACUGAAAUUAAGAAUGCUGUAUACUUCUGGCACAUACUUUACCACUGACUAAUGGCAGGAACCCAAUGGCUCUUAUUUUUAUAGCAGUGGGAAGAAAUUUUCUAGAUUUUCUUCCUUUUAUGUGAUUUCUUUUUUUUUUUUUCUUUUUUUUUUAAACAUUUGUGCUCAAACAAUUUGGUUCAUUAUUUCUGGAUAUAUGUGGCAUGGAGAUCUCGUCAUUCCUAUU